CCAGCUGGGGAGCGGCGGUAGCUUGGCAAGUUCGUCUUGGAAGUGUCUGCUCAGAAAGUCUGGGAGGAGGAGUGGAGUAAAUUUUUCAUGGGGGACCACUUUGAGAAGGGCCAGCGUGCUUUGCUCAAUGAAGGAGAAGAGAAUGAGAUGGAGAUAUUUGGCUAUCGGACUCAUGGCUGCCGGAAAACCCUCUGCCUUGCUGGAUCCAUCUUCUCAUUUGGGAUCCUCCCGUUGGUGUUUUACUGGAGACCAGCUUGGCAUGUAUGGGCAAACUGUGUCCCAUGUUCCUUGCAAGAGGCAGACAUUGUGUUGCUGAGGACAACAGAUGAAUUUCAAACUUACUCUCGGAAAAAGGUAAUGUGGAUCUACCUGUCAGCACUGAACAGCGUGUAUGGUCUCACUCACGACCACCCUCUCAUUACAGAUGAGGAAUAUAUCAUCAAUAGAGCCAUAAGAAAGCCUGACCUAAAGGUGAGAUGCAUAAAGGUGCAGAAAAUAAGAUAUGUUUGGGACAACUUAGAAGGACAGUUCCAGAAAAUUGGCUCUUUGGAAGACUGGCUCACUUCUGCCAAGAUACAUCUAAAAUUUGGAUCAGGUCUAACAAGAGAAGAACAAGACAUUAGGAGGUUAAUAUGUGGGCCUAAUACUAUCGAUGUUGAGAUCACUCCAAUUUGGAAACUGCUCAUCAAGGAGGUUCUAAAUCCAUUUUACAUAUUUCAACUCUUCAGUGUCUGUUUGUGGUUUAGUGAAGACUAUAAGGAGUAUGCAUUUGCCAUCAUAAUCAUGUCCGUCAUUUCCAUAGCUUUGACUGUAUAUGACCUCAGAGAGCAAUCUGUAAAACUUCACCGUUUAGUUGAGUCACAUAAUAGCAUUACAGUCUCUGUAUGUGGAAGAAAAACUGGAGUCCAAGAGCUGGAAUCACAAUUCCUGGUACCUGGAGAUCUAUUGAUUUUGACAGGGAACAAAGUGCAAAUGCCAUGUGAUGCCAUUCUGAUUGAUGGCAGCUGUGUGGUAGAUGAAGGCAUGCUGACAGGAGAAAGUAUUCCAGUAACUAAAAUGCCAUUACCCAAGAUGGAUAGCUCUGUGCCCUGGAAAAUACAGAGUGAAGCGGAUUGCAAACGGCAUGUUCUCUUCUGUGGAACAGAGGUUAUCCAGGCCAAGGCAGCUAGCUCCGGGGCCGUGAAAGCAGUGGUACUGCAGACUGGAUUCAACACUGCGAAAGGGGACCUCGUGAGAUCCAUUCUCUACCCCAAGCCGAUGAAUUUUAAGCUCUACAGGGAUGCCAUCAGGUUCCUCCUGUGCCUUGUGGGGACAGCAACCAUUGGGAUGAUCUACACUCUGUGUGUCUAUGUGCACAGUAGGGAACCACUGGUGGAGGUGGUGAAGAAAGCCCUGGAUGUCAUCACAAUUGCAGUUCCUCCUGCUCUCCCUGCUGCUCUGACCACAGGAAUUAUCUAUGCCCAGAGGAGGCUGAAGAAGAAAGGCAUCUUCUGCAUUAGUCCCCAGAGGAUCAAUGUGUGUGGACAAUUAAACCUUGUCUGCUUUGACAAGACAGGCACCUUGACAAGGGAUGGCUUGGAUCUCUGGGGAGUUGUGCCCUGCGGUAGGAAUGGCUUCCAGGAAGUCCACAGCUUUGCCUCGGGCAGGGCUUUGCCGUGGAGCCCUCUGUGCGCGGCCAUGGCCAGCUGCCACUCUCUGAUUCUUCUCGAGGGGACCAUCCAGGGAGACCCUCUGGACCUCAAAAUGUUUGAAGCUACCACUUGGGAAAUGGAUAUUUCUGGGGACGAUUUCCACAUCAAGGGAGUGCCAGCACAUGCCAUGGUGGUUAAACCCUGCAAAACAGCCAGCCAGCAGGUCCCAGUGGAAGGAAUUGCAAUCCUGCAUCAGUUCCCAUUCUCAUCAGCAUUGCAGAGGAUGACGGUCAUUGUUCAAGAGAUGGGCGGUGACCGGCUGGCAUUCAUGAAAGGGGCACCAGAGAGGGUGGCCAGCUUUUGCCAACCUGAAACAGUACCAACUAGUUUUGUUAGUGAACUUCAGAUUUACACGACACAGGGCUUCCGGGUCAUAGCACUGGCCUACAAGAAACUGGAAACUGACCACCACAACACAGCCUUGAUGAGGGACAAGGUAGAAUCAGACCUGAUAUUUCUGGGAUUGCUGAUCUUGGAGAAUCGAUUGAAAGAAGAGACAAAACCUGUCCUGGAAGAGCUCAUCUCCGCCCGGAUAAGGACUGUAAUGAUCACAGGUGACAAUCUUGAAACUGCAAUAACAGUGGCCCGAAAGUCUGGGAUGGUUUCUGAAAGUCAAAAAGUCAUUCUCAUUGAAGCAAAUGAAACCACUGGAUCCUCGUCAGCAUCAAUAUCUUGGAAAUUAGUAGAAGAGAAGAAACACAUUGGAUAUGGGAAUCAGGACAAUUACAUUAACAUCAAGGAAGAAGUCCCUGAUAAUGACAAAGAAGGAAGUUACCAUUUUGCCCUAAGUGGAAAAUCCUUUCAGGUUAUAAAUCAACAUUUCAGCAACCUACUGCCAAAGAUACUGAUCAAUGGGACCAUCUUUGCAAGAAUGUCGCCUGGGCAGAAAUCCAGUCUGGUGGAAGAAUUUCAGAAACUGGAUUACUUUGUAGGUAUGUGCGGUGAUGGGGCAAAUGACUGUGGGGCUUUGAAAAUGGCUCACGUGGGCAUCUCUUUGUCAGAGCAGGAGGCAUCUGUGGCCUCACCUUUCACCUCCAAAACUCCAAACAUUGAGUGCGUACCUCAUCUUAUCAAGGAAGGACGUGCGGCUCUCGUUACCUCAUUUUGUAUGUUUAAGUACAUGGCUCUGUACAGCAUGAUUCAGUAUGUUGGUGUUCUGCUGCUCUACUGGGAGACAAAUAGUCUUUCAAAUUACCAGUUUCUGUUCCAGGAUCUGGCCAUUACGACUCUUAUUGGUGUUACAAUGAAUCUGAACGGUGCCUACCCCAAGCUGGUACCCUUCAGACCCGCGGGCCGGCUGAUCUCCCCACCUCUGCUGCUCUCUGUCAUCCUCAAUGUCCUUCUCAGCCUGGCCAUGCACAUUGUGGGCUUCAUCCUGGUUCAGAGGCAGCCUUGGUAUUCUGUGGAGAUGCACAGUGCCUGCUCAGUGAAAAAUGAAAGCCUCUCAAAAUUAACCAUUCCUUCAACUGCUCCAGAAAAACCUGGAAAUAUUGGUGCCUUCACAAGUUUUGAGAACACUACUAUAUGGUUCUUGGGAACAAUCAACUGUAUCAUUGUGGCUUUCAUAUUCUCUAAAGGAAAACCAUUUCGGCAGCCCACAUAUACAAACUAUAUGUUUGUCCUUGUGCUGAUCAUACAGCUGGGUGUGUGUCUUUUCAUUCUAUUUGCUGAUAUUCCAGAAUUAUAUAGGCGUUUGGAUCUGCUCUGCACCCCUGUCCUGUGGAGGGUCUACGUGGUCAUUAUGCUUAGCUCCAAUUUCAUCGUGUCCCUUAUUGUGGAGGAGGCCAUUAUUGAAAACCGAGCCCUGUGGAUGGUAAUCAAAAGGUGUUUUGGCUAUCAAUCCAAAAGCCAGUAUCGGAUAUGGCAGAGGGCCUUGGCAAAUGACCCCAGUUGGCCUCCACUAAGCCAAACCUCCUACUCUGACAUGCCAGGCUGUGGCAGGGGAGUGUCUUACAGCAACCCUGUAUUUGAGAGCAAUGAAGAACAACUUUGAAGGAAAUGUGAUAUCUGGAGUUGAUACCACAGAGAAAUGGCGACAAAAGGGACCAGUUUCAGUGAUUUUUAAGCAAUAAGACUCUUACAAUAUCACCUGGAAUUUUUGGCAUACUUAUCAAAUCACAGUGACAAGUUAAAAUCUGUUUGAUAAAAUACUUUCUACAGAGCAGAACACUUCCCCAGAGAAGUGCUUUCCUCUUGGUUUCUGAAAGUAUUGAGGAUGUUCAAUUCAUCAAGAAUUGACCGAGAUGGCACUGGACCAAGGAAUUGGAACACUAAAGGAGAAGAAGAAUAUGCAAUGUUUCUUCUUAGGCUACUACUUUUUUUAAUCAGUUGAGGGGAAAUAGCAUUAUGAACACUCAGAUUUGUAAUAUAUUAAAGAUCAUUUGUGAAUACUUCAUUGAUGGGAAAACAAAUGCAUGGGAACCAUCACACCAAUCUUUGCUGUCUGGUUUCCUUUCUUUUUUAGUACUUUCCAGAGUUGAGAUUUUUCAUCUACUUCUGGCUUUCCCCCUAAGUAUUAGUAAGGACAGGCUAGGCUUAUGUAUGCUGCAAUAACAAACAAGUCCCAUAUCUCAGUGGCUUAACACACAAGAAUUUCUUUCUUGGUCCAGGUGACCCUAGAAGAGCUAUCCUCAUAGUGGUGAAUGCUGCAAUCCGAUGCCUUCAGCAACUCAACACAAGGACUCCAUGUUUACUGUAGCAGGGAAGGGAAGAAACUGGAGAACCACAUAAAGGUUUCUCACUGCCUUGGCCCCAAAGUGGCACACAUCUCUCUUACCACUCACAUCUCACUAGCCAAGAAUCUGAUAAAGGAGCUGAGAAUUAUCAUCUCCUGUAUUCAGAGCUGGUGUCAUGGGUGUUCUACCUGUGCAGUUAUGCUGGGCUCUUUGCUUAAAAGGACCCCACACUUGGUUAAUGCUUUGCUGUUGCCAUCAUGAAAUUCUUAAUUUUUGAGGGUCCCUGCAUUUUCAUUUUGUACUGGAACCCACAAAUGAUGUAAUUGGUCCAGCCUGUAUUCCUUGGAAGGAAAGAAAAGCAGCAUAUCUAAAUGUACUAAUUCUGUCCACUGAACUCUACCCUCUUGACCCUAUGAACUUCUUUCUCCUACGUUUUAGGUAUCCCUCUUCUCACACAUGCCCAACAUCAGGAGAUUUUCAUACCUCUGCUCUAUUAUUUUUGAGGAACAUUAGCCUGGUGCUAAUGUUCCUCAAAAUUAUUCAUGUCAUCACUGCUAUAAUUCAUGUAAUCACAUAUUUAAUUCCUCAUACAGCCUACACAUUUCAUAAGUUUGAGGCUUCAGUUUCCAAAAACUUAAUUCCCCCUUAUUUUAUCAUUGCUACAAUUUGGUUUUAUUGGAUUGGGCAGCAUAGAAAACACCCAGGUUUCUUUUAGCUCAGCAGACAAUACUGAAUUGUAGAACAUCCACAAAUACCAUUUCACAGCAAAAACAAGAUUUUCAUUGUGAAUGUCAAAUUCUAAGUGUAUGCUCUGGGCAGAAGGUGAGUGUCCUGACCUGCAUUGGCUUUUCUGCUUAGCAAUAGCAUCGACAAGCAUUCCCUUCCCAGACUGAGCUCUUCCCUGACUGGUUGGUGGCUCUGGGACUGCAGAUAAUUCUGGGAACACAGCUUUUCCCAGCCACAAGGGUACUUUUCUUGCUUCUGGUUUUAGAAUAGAGCAUGAAGCUAUUUCUGUGUUCCAAGGCUGCAGAAUCAUUGUCUUCCUUGGUACAGAAAGAAAUGUUUCCUUUUGCAAAGUCAACCUCAGCAAUGACAUGGCAGCUCCUUGUGUUUUGUUCUAAAAUGAAUAGAUUUUCUUGUUUUCCAAAAGUGGAGGCUUAUGGAUAGGGACAAGCUGGAGGUGCUCUGCAACCUGAUUCUGAGGAAGAACAGCAUGCCCAGUUCAUAUAUAUGAGAGCCUCUUGUAUAUUGCUUUCACCUCCACUAACUCCUUUGAAUUGCACCAUUCUGCCAUGACCCCAACAAGAAAGGGCUUAUCAUACCCACCUUAGAGAUGAGAAAACUAGGAUUCGCAGGGCAUAGAGCAGACCUAGGCCUCAAACACGUAUCUGCACAAAUCUUAUGUUGUUUCCAAAUAUUUCCUAAUGAGGAAGCUCCACAAGGGCAGGGCAUUCAGUGUGGCCUCAGAAUCAAGCCAAUAAUGGGUUUCUUAUUUGCCAGAUGGGAGGGAGGCAGGACCUUCUGUGCAAAUGAAUGGCAGGCACUCUGCCGGGCCGGGACUGGAGGUGUGAUAAAAACCACAACAAAAAUGAGCAUUUGUUUGUCUUUGUGAAAUCUUGAGUUGUUCUUAUCUUGAUCCUAAAUGAUCUAAAUGAUUCCAUCCUCAUCAAUUUGCAAACAAAAGGCAGGGAACAAGGGUGGAGGACUCUGAUUCCCCACUGGCAAAGCAGCCCUAACAUCUCUGCCAAGAGGGACUCAUUUUGAAGACUCUGCUUGGGACAACCUAUUCCUUAGAGGCAGUAAGUGAAGGAACAGGGAGUGAUUAGCCUGGAGAAGAGGAGUCAGGGUACUGUGAGAGCUGUAUCCAAAUAGUUGAAUGGAAAUCCUAGGAGAGAAGGAUCUGACUUGGGUAAUGUGGCACAAGAAAGCAGAAACAUAACCCAUGGGUGAAGACUACAUUGGGAAUGACCUCAGGCUAACCAGAAGACCACUGAUAGAACAGGAAGCUAAUGGCUUCACCAGGGGUACACUCCGUGGCAUUGGAGGAGUAAGUGGAUAUUCAAAGACCAACUAGAGAAAGAAAUCAAGAAGCAGAUGAAACUCAAUUACAUGCAAAAGCCCUUUCCUGGUUGAUGUGCCCGGUUGUCUUGUGAUGUGGGACUAUUUACUACUGCUGCCCACACAGAGUAUCAGACUGACACUCCUGGGGGAGGUGGGUUGGGCAGGAUGGGGUAAGUGAUAAGUGUUUCUCUGGCCCUAUGAGAUCCUACUGUGUAGAUGUACAGACUUGUCUGCUCUGUAACUUGGAAGGUGACUCCUGUUGGGAAUAAGAGCCUACAGAAGAGGUGGGCAGCCAGGGAUCCUGACUGCCAGUUUUACAGCUGGGAGAAGACUUCUGAUGUGUAUAGUUCUUAGAAAGUGGUGUUUCAAUAUUUUGAGUAAAGGAACAUGGGAGAGUGCCAAAACCCAAGGGCAGAGCUACUUGGUACUACCACACUUUCCUGACCACGACUUGGAGGAGAAAAGAACACAGUCAUAAAAUCCAAAUCAUUUGAGAGGUUUCCCUGUAUGUUCACCACAUGGCACCCAGUGCACUGCAGAGAAGCUGCCUGGAUCCAGGCUCUCUUCACUAAACAUGUAGUCAUCGGAGAAUGGAAAAGUAUCUGUGUCAUCUUUGUCUUUAUGAGUGCACAGAUAUGUGCAGGUACAUGCUUACAGAUGUGAUGACUGGAAAAAAAGAGAUGAUUAUUCAGAACCUUGUAUUUAGUUAAUACUACAAUAAAUUAU